UUAUAGAAGCUUUAAUUUUCGUACUUAUCCUAAUUGUUGGUUCAGUUUAUGCAUGGAGAAAAGGAGCAUUAGAAUGGUCUUAGCUCUUGAAUAUUCCGCAAAAAUAACGAAAAAAAAAUAACAUUGAGACAGUUAUGAAUUCCAUUGAGUUUCCCUUACUUGAUCAAACAGCUAAAAUUUCAGUUAUUUCAACUACAUUAAAUGAUCUUUCAAAUUGGUCAAGACUCUCCAGUUUAUGGCCACUUCUCUAUGGUACCAGUUGUUGCUUCAUUGAAUUUGCUUCAUUAAUAGGCUCACGAUUCGACUUUGAUCGUUAUGGAUUAGUACCAAGAGCUAGUCCUAGACAAGCAGAUCUAAUUUUAACAGCCGGUACAGUAACCAUGAAAAUGGCUCCUUCUUUGGUGAGAUUAUAUGAACAAAUGCCUGAACCAAAAUAUGUUAUUGCUGUGGGGGCAUGUACAAUUACGGGGGGGAUGUUCAGUACCGAUUCUUAUAGUACUGUUCGGGGAGUUGAUAAGCUAAUUCCGGUAGAUGUCUAUUUGCCGGGCUGUCCACCUAAACCGGAGGUGAUUAUAGAUGCUAUAACAAAACUUCGUAAAAAACUAUCUCGAGAAAUUUAUCAAGAUCGAAUUAGGUCUCAACCGGGGAAUCGGUGAUUUACUACCAAUCAC